AAAGAAAUAAAGCAAAUUAAUAUAUGAUCUUGUGAUAACUGAAUUUCAAGCAAGUCUACCUAACGCAGAAUAUUAGUAUUGAAAAACCAUGGAUACCACCAGCUAUACUUAUAACGGUAAGUCUUGGAGACGAUGCCCAACUAUAUCAGACAGCAACAGCUUCUUCCAUGCUUCAUUGGGGGCGAGGACCGACGAAAGCGGCUCAUAUCUCGACGAGCAGGCAGAGUUCAGGCGAAUGCGUUGGGCUACCUUCCUCACUUACUUCAAAAACCAGAAAAUGCCCUCCUGUCUGGCGGACACCUUAAGAAAAUGUCUCUACGCAAACGAGAAAUACCAACACGUGUCUACUGACGUUAAACAGCAUCUUGCAACGUAUAUUUAUGAUAUUAUGACUGGCGAACGAGCCGUAGCGAAGGAAGAUAUUCCAAUUUUAUCUACAAUGGAAAAUAUUAAAGUUGUAGUGCUCUCAGGGGGGAGGAAAGAUCCUAUAGCCAUCAUAGAACCUAAUCCCAACAUUCUUGGAAGUUACCCAAAAGAAGUCCCGAGAGGAAAGCCAAAAGAAGUUGUCGUUUGCCUGGAAGUAAACGUUUUUGCAAGGCUGGAACCAGUAAAUAAAGGAGUUUGUCCAGAAUCGAAUAAAAACAAGGUAGAGAGGAAAACAGAUCCUAGUAAAUACAGGAAAGGCGGCAGCGCGGGGAGCAAGGGAGUGGAAUACCAAGUUUAUUUACUAGCGACGGUUAUUCUAAACGCGCUCAAAAAUGCAUUAAGUCAAUGGAAGUUGUCUACGGAGAACGAAGAUGCAGGAAAGUUCGACGAUAUCGUUCUGGAAUUGUCGGAGGGGGCCGUUCUCAUACAAUCCAAGCACAAAGAGAGCAACAAGAAGAUCACUUUGGAAGAACUGACUUCCACCAACUCCAAGAACGAUGAUUUCAGCGUGCCGAAAUAUUUCCUGUCCUACAUACUAGUAAAGCAAAAAUUUAACGUGAAAAAUGUUAUCAUCUGUACGAACGCAGGCGUCAGUCAGAAGGCUCUAGACUUUUUAGACCAUCGAGGGGAGAAUUCUGAAAGUUUGCUGCACUAUGAAGAUGGCGAUUGUUCAUUUUAUACGCUUAAAGAUACAUUUUUACCGGGCUUGAUGGAAACAACAGUUAGCUAUUACAGACAGAAUUUUAAAGACAAAGGUAUCGAAGAAUCGGUUAUUACCGAAGAAAACUUGAAAGACUUUUCGGAACAUUUACAGAUUUACUUCAAUUAUCCGCCUCUAAAGACCCUGGAGAAGAACAUUGAAAAAUUAUUGUCACUCACAAAGUGCUGCGGCAAUUCACAGGGAAAGAUAACCUCACUGGAAAUGUUUUCUAAAGUAAUGGAUUGGUUCCAGCAAAAAAAGGGCUUAUGCGAGUAUUUUACAGAACUUCACGCCAAGGCCAUGUUCGCAGAGAUAUGGACGGACAAAUACUGUCAAAAAUUAGAACGGUAUAAGGUGUCUCUCCACAAAAACGACUUGAAUUUCCAAGGCCCGAAACAGAUAUUUCGCGUCGCUGUAGCCCACGGCCAUCUAUUGCAGGCAAUAAAAAUUUAUCACUCUGUGCAGAGCGAUAAAGAGAAAAUACUCUUUACCGACUCUGACGAUGACAUCGACACCCAGAAAUUGGUACUAGAGGCAUUUGGGCUUCCUAAGUACGUCUUCUUAAUAGUGACUCUACUUAAAGUUACCGAAGGGUCUGUAACAAUGGAAAUGUGGGAUAAACUAAGAGAUGUAUUGGCCAAGAAAGAGUAUAAGAAGGUUAUUUUGAUUACCGGGUGUAACGAUGCCCUCUUCACACAUAUUGGACCUUGCUAUGAAACUGUCAAUGGAGCAGUGACGUUCGAGGAUCUAUCAUUGGGUUCCCAGGAGAGUUUAUUAAAAACGAAAAAUAUAGUCUUUCAAGGACGGUCUGUUUGUUUAGAAGAAUUAUUGGCUGCUCGUACAACCGAAGACUAUUUAAGAGCUGUAGACGCAGAGAUACUAGAAAAGAUUAUUGCAGGGGAAGAAGUGAAAGUGGGGAUGCGACCUUUUGACUUGGACGAGAACAUCGCACGGUUUUACAUAAACCGCACAUUCAAAAGGACAAACGAAGAAAUAGACGAGCAUAACAUCUAUGAAGUGAAGGAAGAUGUAGUCCUACUCUCCGACAGUGCGGGGAUGGGGAAGAGCACUGUCCUUUCUAAACUGGCGACGACUAUAAAAAAUAGAAACGCUCACUUGUGGGUGAUUAAAAUCGCACUCACUGAGUAUACCGGCAUCUUAAGGGACGCCCUAACAAAUCACCGAGAAACCGUAAACGUAGUGGAACUGUUAAAUUCGAAAAACUCGACAAAAUUGACGAACAACUUAGAAAGGUUUGUGUUUUCCAUGGACAAAAGAGUCGUAUUGAUGCUCGACGGGAUCGACGAAAUCAGUCCCGAUUACACGGAACUCGUUCUCAGUCUGCUGGCUCGGUGCUUACAAACAGUCAACUUUGCGAAAGUGUUCGUUACCACAAGACCGCACAUGGUCCGAAAAUUGGAAGAAGUUUUGAGGGUGACGCCGUUCGUAUUGCAUCCCUUUACGCAACAGAACCAGGUGAACUUCCUUACCAGUUACUGGGGACAUAAUUUGAAUAUAGAUGGCGAGAAUGUCGGCAGGUGCGAGAGGUACGCCAGGACGCUGAUGAACAAAAUGUCGUCUUGGACGAAACGACACCGUUUCGACCACGAAGUUGACUUCACGGCAAUCCCUCAGCAACUGAAAAUGCUAGCGAAGAUUUUCCAAGAAAGCAUAAAACAGGGUGGGCCGUCGGAUUGGGAGGGAUGCAGGGAAUAUUUAAGGGGGACUAGGGUCGAACCGAAAUUGCCAGAGAAAAUGGAUAUCAAGGAGUUAUACGAAAUGUUUAUUAAGAGAAAGAGGGACAUCUACGUCCACAAAGGAAAUCCGAGUGGAAACACAGCGGCAAACGGGGCGCUGAUUAAACAGUUCGAUGAGGCGCUUAUUUAUCACAAGAUACUCGCUUUAGAAGUAAUCCUGUUUGAACAAGAUUGCCGACAUUUCUCGCACUAUAAACAAGGGUACGAUGGCAUCGACGAAAAUGCACUAAAGAUAGGAAUCGUGCAGAAAUCAAGUAGCGGAGUUCACUUCAUUCAUAGGACUUUCGCAGAAUAUUUCGUGGCUGAAGGUCUAGUUCACGAAUUGCAACUUCAGUUACGAAAUCCAAAGGUAAAUUUUCAAAAGUUUUUUAUCGAAACAGCGUUGCAUUCACCCGAAUAUCAAAUCAUCCGCUCCUUCCUCGACAGUUUUCUACGGAAUAUGCUGAAUUCUGUUCCUUCGAACAUUUUUGAGGGUUACCAGUCCCGUGACAGUAACAAUUUAUCCGUGGAAUUUGAUACCUGCCUUCAUUUGCUUGCAAAGGAGGGUUGCGUCACACUAUUGCGACUCAUCCUCAAGUGCGUAAAUUUCAAAGCUGUCGCGGACGGAAAUUACUCGGGAUGUUCAUUUACAGGCAUUUCCUCUACGCAAGACGAUACCCAGAAAUUAGAACUAGUAAAUUUAAUGAUCAAGGAAAAAAUGGCUAUAAAUUCGCUGAAUGCUAUAGAAACUUUACUGCAAAGCGUCGGAAUCGACAUUAGGAACAUGAUGGGACGAACGCCACUCUUGGAAGCGACAAGACACGGACAGCUCGAAACGGUGAAGUUCCUUGUUAGCCUGGGAGCAAAAACCGACAUCGCAGAUAACAAUGGACAAACCGCAGUACACUUUGCGGCUGAGAUCGGUCACUUGGAAAUAAUCAACGUACUUCUUGAACGGGGUGCAGAUUUCAAUGCCGUCGAUAAUAAAAAACGCACGGCAGUGCAUUUGGCUGCGUGGGACGGGCACUCGGACACAGUGAAACUCCUUCUGGAACUGGGUGUGAGCGUCAACGUUAGAGAUGGCGACAGCAACACGCCGCUGCACUUGGCCGCUUCGAACGGCCAUUCGGACACAGUCAAAUUGCUCCUUGAGCUGGGCGCAGAUUUCAGUACUCGAAAUAACGACGGUCGCACGCCGUUGCACCUAGCUGCCUCCUACGACCAGUUCGACAUAGUCAAGUACCUUCUUCGACUGGGCGCAGACUUAAAUACUACGAAUAACGAUGGCCGCACCGCACUGCAUUUCAUUACUAAGCAUAACCGGUUAAACAGCGUCAAAUCCCUUUAUGAACUGGGGAUAGACUUAAAUAUUAGGGACAAUGACGGCCGCUCGGCGCUACAUUACGCCGCUUCGAACGGUCACUGGGACGCAGUCAAAUACCUUCUUGAACUGGGCGCAGAUUUCAACGCUAGGGACAACAAAGGUCUCACAGCACUGCAUCACGCUGCCUGGGAAGGUCACAUUGACACGAUCAAGUUGCUUUCCGAACUAGGCGCAGAUUUAUUUGCUAGAGACAACGAAGGUCUGACGGCACUACAUUUUGCUGCCGAAAACGGUCACUUGGACGCAGUCAAAUCCCUUCUUGAACUGGGCGUACAUAUCAACGUUAGCGACAGCGACGGCAGCACAGUACUGCAUACGGCUUCCAGGGGUGGGCAAUUAGCCGUUGUGGAAUAUCUCAUGAAUCUCAACACUGACGUCAAUUUCAAAGACAUAAACGGUCGUACGGCCCUGCAUUUUGCUGCCUGGAACGGACACCUAGAUAUAGUCAACUUGCUCCUCGAAAUGGGUGCCGAUUUCAAUGUUAGGGAUAAAGAUGGCCUUACGGAACUGCACGUUGCUACCCUCAACGGUAAAUUCGACACGGCUCGAUUCUUACUUGAACUAGGAGCAGAUUUCUUUAUUGAAGAUGACAGAAGCACGCCUCUGCAUUUAGCUGCGGCGAAUGGUCACUUGGACACGGUUAAGUGUCUUCUUAAACUAGCGGAAACUUUUAACGCUGGAGAUUUUGGUGCCGAGAAGGUUAAUCAAAUAUCGACCGUUGUCGAAAGUCUCGUGGAAGCCUGUGGUGACGUCAAUGUCAAAGAUGGCGAUGGCCGCACGCCACUGCAUUUUGCCGUUUCGAAAGGGCGGUUAGACACGGUUAAAUUCCUUCUCGAACAAGGAGCAGAUUUAACAGCUAGAGAUAAUGAGGGCCUGACGGCACUGCAUCUGGUUGCCGGGAAUGGUCAACUAGACGCUGUCAAGUUCCUUGUCGACCGGGGUCUACAUUUCCAUGUCGGUGAUCGUGAUGACAGCACGCCACUGCAGUUGGCUGCUAUGAUGGGUCAAUUGUCCGUUGUUGAAUAUCUCGGGAAGCUCGGCGAAGACGUUGGUUACAAGGACAACAACGGUCGCACGGCAUUGCAUUUUGCUGCGUGGAGCGGACACUUGGAUGUAAUCGGUUUUCUUCUUGAGAUGGGCGCCGAUUUCAAUGUUAGGGAUAAGGACGGCCUUACGGCACUGCACGUUGCUCUCGCCAAUAGUAGAUUCGACACGGCUCGGUUCCUCCUCAAACAGGGGGGCGAUUUAUAUGUUGGAGAUGAUGAUGGAAGUACGCCGUUGCAUUUGGCUGCGGCGAAUGGUCACCUGGACAUUAUCAAUUGCCUUCUUAAGCUUGCUGAAGAUUUUUAUGCUGCGAAUCUUGUCAUGGAGGGGCAAUUAUUAACCGUUAUGGAAAGUCUCGGAAAAACCUGUGGUGAUGUUAAUUUCCAAGACAGCGAUGGCCGCACGCCUCUGCAUUUUGCUGCUUCCAAGGGUCGGCUGGAUAUAGUCAAGUUCCUUCACGAAAUGGGUGCCGAUUCCAGUAUUAGGGACAAAGACGACAAUACGGCAUUGCAACUAGCUCUACAUAAAGGUUACCAUCAAAUUGCCGACUAUUUUGAGAACAAUGUAAAGAAGUGCGCCAUUUUGAAAAUGAAGCCCAAAGAUUCAGAGUUUUCAUCUGCCGGAACAAUGACGGACACUUACAAAAAAAGCAAAGGAAACGCCGGCCUCGACGGUGUCCAAUUCCAACUGAAUCUACUGACUGUGGUUUUGCUGAAUGCUCUUCGCAACCGGAAGAACUGGAAGAUCUCCACGGAGAACCAGCAGGCCGGAAAGUUCGACGACCUCGUGCUCGAACUGGAAGACAAAUGCGUUUUGCUGCAAGCGAAGUUCAAACAGAGCAAGAAAAUCAAUAAAGACCAAAUCUUUUCCUGCAACUCUAAGACCUCCGACUUCAGUCUCCCCAAAUACUUUUUCUCGUACCUUGAGGUUAAGUCUGAGUCCGUGGAGAAGACUGUCAUCGUUUGCACCAACACAAAUAUCGACGAGAAAGGCCUGAAGGGUUUUUUGACCCGUCGCAUUACCGGACCCGACAGCACGCUACACUACGAAGGAGCCCCAUGCCAGUUUUUUACGUUUAAUGAGAACAUCCUGCCUGAUUUAAAAACCAGCGUGGAGAUUUACCUCGAUAAGAAUUUACAAGGCAAGGGAUUUGAAAAAGAAGCGGUGACGGAGGAAAACAUGAAGGACUUCUUGGAUCAUUUACAAUUUUUCUCAAGUUACCCGAACAGGGAUAAAUUAGACAAAAUUAUUGAACAAUUAUUAUUCCGCCUGAACAAUUCCAGUUUAUAUCGUAGGGUGUCCUCCCAAGAGUUGUAUAAGAAGGUAGAAGAUUGGUUCAAACAGCCAAAGGGUGAAUAUCUAACGGAGGACCGAGCUAGAGCCAUGUUCAGCGAGAUAAAAAGCGACAAGUACCGCGAAGAAUUGAAUAACUACAACGUGUCGUUUAAGCAUAACAACGUUGACUUUGCGGAUCCGAAGAGAAUUUUCCAAAUCAAUUCGGAAGGAGGACGUUUGUUGCGAGCGUUGAAAGUUUGUGGUGUUCUAGAAAGCGAGGGAAGCAAGCAACUGUACGUAAAUCCGGACGGUGAAGUAGACGAACAGAAAUGCGUCGUAGAGGCAUUUGGACUUCCCCGCUACACCUUUUUGAUAAUAGUUGGGAUCAAAAUCACCGAGGAAACCGCGAUAAGGGAAUUAAGUAACAAAUUAAAGGAUGUAUUGGAGAAAUAUAGUUUUAAAAAAGUUAUUUUCGUGGACGAUUCUAGCGAUGGACUGGGCCAACAAAUUGGACUGAAUAUUUCACACGUCGAUGGUUACGUGUCGUUCAAGGAUCUCUCAGAUGAGUGCCAGGACAGGUUAGUAAAAGACCAACGUAUAGUUUUCCAAGGGAAGCAGGUCAGCUUAGAAGAGUUAUUAGCAACGCAGGCUCGUGAAGUUUGGGCGAGGGCUAUAAAUUCCGAAAUCCUAGAAAAGCUGAUCAGAAAGAAAGAAAUCAAAGUGGGUGAACGACCUUUUGACCUAAACGAACGCAACUCGCAGUACUAUAUAUCUCGUACCUUUAAAAGGCAGCAAGAAACAUGUCGAGAGGUGACAAUCUCUUUAAAUCUAGAUGAAGAGAGCUGUAAUAACGAAGAAGUUUAUUCAGAAGAGGACAUUUAUGAUAUGGUCGAAGACGUGAUACUUAUCUCGGACGUUGCGGGAACUGGAAAGAGCACCGUCCUUACUAACCUAGCAGCGACUAUAAAAGACAAAAAUCCUCACUUGUGGGUGAUCAAAAUCGAACUCGCCGAAUAUACCACCAUCUUAAGAGACUCGUUAAACAAUAGAGAGGGAUCUAUAAGCGCAAUGAAACUAUUAAAUUCUAAAAAGGCGACAGAACUGACGAACCAUUUAGAAAGGUUUGUGUUCUCUAUGAACAAAAAGGUCGUGUUGAUGCUCGACGGUAUCGACGAGAUCAGUCCUGAUUACACUGAGCUCGUUCUCGACUUACUGGCGCAGUGCCGACAAGCAGCCAACUUUGACAAACUCUUCGUUGCGACAAGGCCUCACAUGAUUCUAAAAUUGGAAGAAGUUUUGAGGGUGAAGCCGUUCGUGUUGCAACCGUUCACCGAACAGAACCAGGUGGACUUUCUCGCUAGUUAUUGGAUGCACAAUCUCGGCACGGACGGUGAGGAUGAAAGAAAGUACGAGCGGUACGCCAGGGCGCUAGUAAACAGAAUGACAUCUUGGACAAAAGGGUAUGGCGACAAGGAAGACGACUUUACGGCGAUCCCUCUGCAGUUGAGAAUGCUAGCGGAGAUCUUCCAAGAAGACACGAAAUCGGAAGAAUUAGUCUGGCAAGGAUGCAAAGAGUACUUAAAGGAUACUAGAACAGAACUGAAAUUGCCAGAGAAAAUGGUAAUUAAGGAAUUGUACGAUACGUUUAUAGAGAAAAAAAGGAACAUCUACGUAUACAAAGGAAAUCCGUGUGGGAACGCAGCGGCGAACGGGGCGCUGAAUAAACAGUUUGACGAAAUGCUUGUUCAUCACAGAAUACUCGCUUUAGAUGUGAUCUUGUACGAGGAACAUCGCCGGCUUUUUUCGUGUUAUCAAGAAGGUUGUGAAGAUAGAAACGAAAGCAUGCUAAAGAUAGGAAUCGUGCAGAAGUCAAACGGUAAAAUCCACUUCAUUCACAGGACUUUCGCGGAAUAUUUCGUGGCUAAAAGUCUAGUCAGCGAAUUGCUACUUCAGUUACGAAAUCCAAACGUAAAAUUUCAAGAGUUAUUCGUCAAAAUCCUGCAGUGCUCCGAAUUUCUAACCGUACACGUUUUUCUGAACAAUUUCCUAAAGGAGGUCCUAGAUUCCAUACCGUCUAAUGUUUUCGAGAAAUAUUACUCCUACACGUGUCACAAGAACAGGAGUAACCAUAAAUUUGUUCAUUUACUGGCGCAGGAGGGUUAUACAGUCAUUUUGCAAUUCAUCCUCAAAUGCGUGGAUUUCAAAAUUAUCAGAGACAAAGAAAUCGACAUCCCCGACGUGCUAGGUCGCAUUUCCUUAAAAAAGAAAAACGUUUUCCAGUACCUCGCGGGGAAAAUCGGUAUCAACAGACAAAAUAAGAAUGAAAAUUUACUCGUGUUUAUACAAACUAUCGUGCAGGAGGGCGGGAUCAACAUCAGGGACCUGUUUGGUCGGACACCGCUGCACUACGCAGCUAACAGAGGCCACUUCGAAACCAUCGACUUUCUUGCCGAGCAAGGAGCAAGAAUCGACAGUGCAGACAAAAACGGACAAAUCCCGCUGCAUUUCGCUGCCUUGAACGGUCACUUGGAUGCGGUGAAGUUGCUUCACGGACUGGGCCAAGAUGUCAAUACCGGAGACGGUAAUGGUCUCACGGCACUGCAUUUAGCUGCACGGAAUGGUCACUUGAAAACAGUUAAGUUCCUUCUGGAACAGGGCGCAGAUUUCAAUGCCGGGGAUUUUCACGGUAGAACACCACUGCAUUUUGCUGCCUCGUAUGGUCACUUGGACUCGGUCAAGUUCCUCCUCGAGCGGGGUGCCGAUUUCAAUUUUGGAGACAAUUACGGACGAACGGCAUUGCAGUUUUCCGCUUGGAAAGGUCACUUGGAUACUGUCAAGUUCCUUAUUGAAUUGGGUGCAGAUUUUGUUGCCGGAGAUAAUGACGGCCUGACCGCACUGCACUUAGCUGCAUCGAACGGUCACUUAGACACAGUCCAGUGCCUUCUCGAACUUGCCUCGAGUCUCUCGAAAACCUGUGGCGAUGUCAAUGUAAAAGAUGUGAACGGUCGUAUGCCACUGCAUUUUGCUGCCUCGAACGGUCACUUGGAGACGGUCAAAUUUCUUCUUCAGCUAGAUGCCGAUUUCGGUAUUGGAGAUGGAGAUGGCAACAUGGCACAGCAGCUCGCUCUUGCUAAGGGUCACCUCCAAAUUGUCGACUACUUUGAGGAUAGGAAUAAGAAGGAAAUGUAGAGAGGUGAUGAAAAAAUGGGUCAGUCAUGAAGCCCUUAUGCUCACCCUGACCAUUUAACAAUUACUUCUUUCAACCCGACGUCCAACUCAACAAAGUCCACUACUUUGAGUGUAGUAAUAAGAAAGAGAAUUGCCGAGUACUUUGAUAGUAGGUAUAAGAGAGGUGACGUAAAAGUGGAUAACUACCGAAAUUCUUAUGCAAAGCUUUACCAUUUACCUACUAUUUUAUUUACUGUAAGGUGCUUUUUGACUUUGACUUUUCAACCCGACAUAAAAUUCAAUAAAGAAGCAAAUCUCUGACGUAACAUGUUUUCGAAACUUCAGAGAUGAUGGAAAUAUAAUAGUAAUCCAUAAUUUUGAUAAAGCUGUUCAAAAAUGGAUUCGUUCACAAGUUAUUGCCAUGCUCGCUGUUAAAAGAGAGUAUUUUUCACUGAUUAUUUCCUUGGGAUCUACGCUUUGGUCAAAACCCUAAUAUCUAAUAAA